AAUUGGCGAAAAUCUCGUUGCUCUGAAAUCAGUAGAGAGAACAGAAUGGCAAGCCGCUCCAUUUUCCGUAAGAGUCUCAGAUUGUCUCUACUGUUUUGCAGAGAUGGGCAACCAUUUGGUACAAGACCCUUGAGCAGCUCCGCAAUCCCAUCCGGCCAAGAUGAUUGUGCAGUCUCUUACCUGGUUCACUCGUGUAGAUUGUCCCAUGAAGCCGCCAUUGAAGCAUCCCACAAGGUAAAGCUUUCAUCUUUAGAGAAACCAGACUCUGUUUUAGCCCUUUUGAGACAGUAUGAAUUCUCAGAUACCCAAAUCUCAACUCUUGUGCGGAAAUGCCCAAAAUUUCUGCUGGCGGAUGUGAAGAAAACCCUUUUGCCAAAGCUCGAGUUUUUAAGCUCCAUGGGAAUGUCAAGGUUGGACCUUGCAAGAAUACUGAGCUACCACCCAUGGCUCUUGCGUCGAAGCUUGGAAAACUGCAUUAUACCCUUUCAUACAUUGCUCAAAAGCGUGGUGCUCUCUGAUGUCAAGGUCGUCCAAAUUUGGAAGCGUAACACGAUGUUCAUAGAUAAGGUAUCCAAGAAUGGAUUACCGAAUGUUGAGUUUGUGAGAGAAAUGGGGAUGCCCCAGUCCUGUAUCGCCCAGAUGGUGACAUAUCAUACUAAAAUUGUGAUGAGAGAACCUGAAGUGUUCAGGGAACUUGUGGGUCAAGUCCAACAAUUUGGAUUUGACCCUUGGAAGUCCAACUUUGUGCAAGCCAUGAAAGCAUUACAUUAUAAGAAGACAUGGAGGCAAUGUGAAGAGGCUUAUAGGAGUUGGGGUUGGUCUGAGAAUCAUAUUCUUUCUGCCUUCAGAUCUUGUCCACUGUGCAUGAUCAAGUCUCGCAAGAAAAUAAUGGAAACAAUGGAUUUCUUAGUGAACAAGAUGGGGUGGCAUUCACACAAGAUUGCAAAAUAUCCCAAUGUUUUUUGUUACAGCUUGGAGAAGAGAAUCAUCCCUAGGUGUUCAGUUGUUAGAGUUUUGCUUUUGAGAGGACUGAUCAAAGAGGAGAAGGAGAAGUUGAGUUUGGCUACUGUUUUUAUGACUUCAGAUGAGUACUUCUUGAAUAAUUUUGUGAACAGAUAUCUCAACCAAGUACCCCAAUUGUUGAAUGUGUACCAAGGGAAACUGGAAUAUGAGGAUGUGUGAUCUUUGCCAACAUGUUAACUGUUCUUGGGUGUCAGAGUGUUGAAUCCGGAGGUGCUAUGAGGUCCUAAUGCAGUGGAAUAGGGGAAAACACUUAAUGUCCCUAGAUUGCUCAUUGGUUUUAUGUGCUGUAAAAGAUGGAAAGCUGGAUCAAAAGAUCAACUUAUAGUUGCUGCAUCUGGCUUGAUUUAAGCUGUUAGUCGGAAAUUCUACUCAGUGAGUCACUCAUUUUCUUUUUAACGUUUUAGCAGGAGGCAAAUUAUGUUUCGUUGUUAAUUAGGUAUUGAUAGUUACUAGCGAGGAUAGUGGAGACAUGUUUCAGCACUGGUGUUAACUCAGGGAGGUUGAUGAAGAAAACUCGUGACUUGGAGAGGAGGGAUUCCUCAUCAUCUGGGAUCAAGGCAAAAGCAUCUACCUGAGAAAAAGUAGUUACGUAGAGGGAAAUGGAAACUCAGAAAUAAAAGGUGGGAAGUAUUGAUGGUGAGCACCUGAAGAACUCA